AUGUCCUUACAAGGUAAAUUUUUCAAGUUAUCCAACGGAAACACCAUCCCAGCUGUGGGCUACGGGACUGGUACCAAAUGGUUCAAGUCCGCCUUAGGUGAUAUCGACACCACUUUGGUUGACACUUUGGUCCAGGCUAUCAAAUUGGGUUUCACCCACAUCGACGGUGCUCAGAUUUACAAGACCUCAAGAGAAAUCGGACUUGCAAUCAAGAAGUCCGGUAUCAAGAGAGAGGACCUCUUCCUCACCGACAAGUUCUUUUCUGGUCCCAGCACUUUGCCCAAGCUGACUUCUCCAAACCCUUACGAUGCUUUGAAGCAGUCCUUGGCCGAAUUCCAGUUGGAGUAUGUCGACUUGUACUUGCUCCACACUCCAUACAUCUCCAAGGAAUCGCACGGCUACGACGUCGUUGAAGCAUGGAACUACUUGGAGAAAUUGCAAGACGAGGGCCUUGUCAAGAACAUCGGUGUCUCCAACUUCGCCGUUGAGGACUUGCAGAAGAUUUUGAACUCGAACCCAAAACACAAACCGGUUGUUAACCAGAUCGAAUACAGUGCUUACUUGCAGAACCAAACCCCAGGCGUGGUUGAGUUCGCUAAGAAGAACGGUAUCUUGAUCGAAGCUUAUGGUCCCUCUGCUCCUAUCACCAAGGGUAAGGGUGGUCCUUUGGAUCCAGUACUUGAGAAGUUGGCCAAGAAGUACAACAAGACCGAGGCACAAAUCAUCUUGAGAUGGGUCUUGGAUACUGGGGUCUUGCCUGUUACCACUUCUUCUAAGGAGGACCGUAUCAAGGCUUUCUUGGAACUCACUGAAUUCAAGUUGGAUGCUGAAGAUGUCAAGGAAAUCUCUGAAGUCGGUAAGGAAAAGAUCUUCAGACAAUUCUUUACUGAAUACAGCAGAUUCGAUUAG